GGUUGAACAAGUCAUAUCAAUUAAACUUAUUGCCAAUCCAAAUUCCUGCCAAAAAUGACGCCUACUAGAGCAGAUUUUCUGAGCUAUUACGUCGCUGACAAGUAUUUUUGGCUCACCGAAAAUAAUUACAAGACAACUUUAUUGAGUUGGGCCUACAUCUUAAUCUCUCUGAUCACCACAUUUGCCAAUUUGAAUUACUUGCAUACAGCUUAUUAUGUGGAAGCUCAGUUUGCAGAUAUUGUCUUAAAUUUAUCGUGGCUUGGUACAACACUAAUUGGAACAAUAAUAAUGCUUCAUUUCAAAUUUGCUGUUCAGACUGGGAACUAUGUCUGGUAUUUAAUGGAAACACAAUUAUUCGUGGAUUUGCAAAGUGACUUGCAGCAUAUGGUUAACAUUUCCAAUUCGGUUUUUAAGUCAGGUCUAAAAUUGGGUUUUUUGGGAUUUGUUAGUGCAUUUAUUGCAAGAGAACAAGAAAGUUGUGAUGAAAAUUCUCGGAAAAACGUUUGCGGACUUAUAUAUCCAAGUAAUCUGUUUAUUGAUUUGAGUCAACGGCCUUAUCGAGAGGUUUACCACAUUUUUGUUUGGAUCACAUAUUGGUAUUUAUUUGCAGCUACAAUUACUUGUUGUAGUUUUUUACAUACUUUAAUGUUACUGACCGAAGUUUGUGUGAAAAAAUUCAAAUUAAUUUUAAAGGAAAGUCAAGACAUACAAAAUAAAGAAAUGCGAUUGAAUAAAUUAAUAGAAGCAUACAAAUUACAACAGAAUAUAAAAAUAGGAUGGGAUAAAGUUACUGAUCUUUUUAAAUGGCCAUUAUUAUUACAAUAUUUGACAAGUGGCGUGACGGUUGCUUUAAUUCUUACCGCAGAAAUAAAUCAUUAUAAUCUACCAUUGGUUCCGGUUUUCUUAGUUCAUAUUAUUGGGACAGUUACGUGUGGCUUUUUUGCAACGGAAAUGGAACAAUAUAGUGAAGAAUUUAGGCAUGCUACGUUUUAUGCUAUACCUUGGGAUGGGGAUGUGGAGAGCGCCAAGUUUCUUAUCUUUAUGAACAUGAAUUUACAUAACGUAUUCACCCUUCCUCUUGUUAACUUUGCAGUUCAUUCAAAUGAACAAGUUUUAUUGACUUUCAAAAUGACGUAUACAAUUGUAAUGUGUCUUAUAAAUUUGACUCAGAAAGAAGCGUAGAUUAUAAAUUUAAGUAAGAUAAGUUAUUUCCUUGCAAUAGCAUAUAUACACAGAAUUAUCUUUCAUCUAAAAUAUAUUUCAAUAGUUUCACUCACAAACCCACUUAAUAUAAUUAGUGAACA